UGUUGUUUUUGUUGUGGAGGUAUUUCCGGGUCAGAGCGGGACGUUUUGGCAGGUCCCGAAGAUUGUUACUGCCUGCCUGGAAAACUGGAGCCGGACAGAACUUUUUGGUAUUGGGUUGAAACAGUUACAGCAAUUGAAGACAUGGAUCAACCCUGUGGGCGAAGUUUCAUGCAAGUUAUUAGUGAAAAGUACAGUCCCGAAAAUUUUCCUUAUCGUCGUGGUCCAGGAGUAGGAGUGCAUGUUCCUACAGUACCUCAAGGCUCCCCCAUUAAAGACCGUCUGAACCUGCCUAGCUUACUAGUGUUAAACGGCUGUGGGAUAACCAGUGCAGGUGAUGAGAGUGAAAUUGCUGCCUUCUGUGCUCAUGUGUCAGAACUUGAUCUGUCCCACAAUCAAUUUGAAGACUGGUUUGAGGUUGGUAAAAUUGUGUCAAACCUACCUCAGUUGGAAUUUUUGAACUUGAGCUCCAAUCCAUUGGGACUGUCUGCCUUGCAAAGUUCAUGUGCUAGCCAGUUUUCCAACAUCCGGAAGCUUGUUCUUAACAACGUGAAAGCCUCUUGGGAAACUGUUCAUACACUAAUCAAGGCGCUACCUGAGUUAGAAGAGCUCUUCUUGUGCCUUAACGAGUUUAAAACUGUGUCUUAUUGUUCAUCUUCUUGCCAUUCUCUCCGCCUUCUGCACAUCACAGACAAUAAGCUUCAUGACUGGAGUGAGGUUAGGAAACUUGGAAUCAUGUUUCCAAAUUUAGAAGUACUAUUUCUGUCUAACAAUAAUCUGACUUCAAUUGGAGAUUCAGAGGAUACUCUUGCAAGACUGUUUCCAAACCUUCGAUGUAUUAACUUGCACAACUCAGGUCUGAAUGACUGGGAAGACAUUGAAAAGUUGAAUUUGUUCCCCAGACUAGAAGAAGUAAAAGUCCUAGGAAUUCCCUUAUUACAGGAGUACAGCACAGAAGAACGCCGACAACUUAUCAUUGCUAGGUUGCCAUCGGUAUCUGUGCUUAAUGCCAGUUUAGUCUCGGCUGGAGAAAGAGAAGAUGCUGAGAGGUUUUUUAUCCGUUACUACAUAGAUCGUCCCAAGGAAGAACUAGGCAAAAGAUACUAUGAACUGGUGACAAAAUACGGUAAUUUGGAACCAUUGGCUGUGGUUGACCUUCGACCUCAAAGCAGUGCAAAGAUUGAAGUUCAUUUUGAAGGCAGAGUUGAAGUUAUGACUGUCCGCCUAGACCAGACUGUGGCAGAAUUUAGAAAACAGCUUAAAGAUGUUGUUCAGCUGUCAACCAGUAAUAUGCGUAUCUACUACUAUGAUCAAGAAAUGGUAAAGGCAUUUGGCCCAGAGGAAAUUAAAUUCAGCUCACGGGCCCUGCAUUCUUAUGGCAUCCGGGAUGGUGAUGCAAUUCAUGUGGUGCCAAAGGCAAAAUAAUUUAUGCUACUUUGCACUCACAGAUGUCUGCCUUUUAUUGAUAUACAGGUUGUUUCUGUUUCAGGCAAGCAAGGUAUCUUUCCUGUUUGCGCAAUUUACUUGAUGGUACCCAGGAGAUGAGAGAUGAAGAUGUUAUGUUCUCCAUUCUUGAUUAAGUCUGGUUUCUGAAAAUCCAUUGCUUUGUUCUGCAAGUACUCUGGUAUAUUUAAAAAAAUACAAGAGAUGGAAGGAAAAUAAUUGUAUUUUGAAAUAAUUGCCAAGGAAAGUUUUGGGUUCGUACAGUAUUAACAGUAACUCUGAACCUUUACCUAAGUACUUACGUUAUCAGCCUGCUGAUUGGUUAAAAUUUAAUGAUCAUUUCUUUAGUUCGAAACAGAUUGAAAUCAGGAUAUGAAGUACUUCAGAUGGUCUUUUGAACAGUCAGUUUUUGCUACUAAAGAGAUGAUUGGAAAGAGAAAUGUAUCUGCAAAGAGCUUAUAGAGGGCUCUGUAACUGACCAGUAGCUGCUGGGCUGCUCGUUGUGGCAUUCCUAAUUAAAAGGGGAAGUUUCAGAGUGCUUUCUUCCAUAUAAAGGCUGAUUCACAGUAAGUGUUGAGGAUUCUUUUGCCACCUUAGAUUUAGUUCUUUUUCUUCAAGAAGUUAGCUAUGUAGCGCCAAACUGUGCAUUUCUUUUGUAUGUUAUCUUUGACAGUGUUCUUCCAACAGGGGGUCUAAAUCUUCCAUCUCCAGCAUUACAUUCAUGGUUUUCAGAAUUGUAUCCAUGUUGUAAUGAUGCAUACUUCAUCCAUGCUGUAUACUUUUAACAUUUAGAUUCAAGGGAAAGAAAUAUAUUCUUGCUUGUCAGCAGAAGUAGCUGUAAAUUGCACAGAUAAUUAGUGCAAAAUAUGGGCAUUAGUUUGAUUUACUCAGCUGCUACACAGAUAUUAAAAAUAGAAAGUAUAGGGACCAGAAAGUGAAAUAGUAUCCUAAGGUAGCAUUUUGUGAUUAAUUACAAGAUUUGCAAGCUAGUCAUUUGCCAGCCAUCGACCUUUAGGAGAUGCACUAUUAAAAGGGGAUAAUAUGGAAAUAACUAGUAAAGUAUUCACCAAAUGCAAAUAGCAGUGAUGUGGUACAGAGAAAAUGUGAUAUGCUUGCAGCCCUGCAGUUAUUGGAGCUGAAGAUGAUCAUAAUGAUUUUAAAGUUAUUGUAGUUCUUCUACAGCAGCAAGUGAUGACUGUAAAUAUCUGCAGCUCAGGCAAACUCGACAAGCAAAUUAUUCAUUUUAUGUAAUUAGCUAUUAAUUUGUCUCUCUUAAAUUUUAAUGUGAAUUUUUGUUAGAUAUCCUGACUGUGACUGUUCAUACAUGAAUGGUUGGUGUCAGUUAAAUUUAUAGAAAACUGAGCAGAGCCAGUCAUUGAUUUAAACACGACACCUCUGACCACUGGUUGCCAGGCUAGAAAAUUUUAUGGUGGUAAAAGCACUUGUUUAGAAGGAUCUUUCGCAGUGAUGGUGCAGAACCUGGUUCUCCUGUAAAUGCUGGUUCAUUUUGCUGUGAUGUACACACACGUGCUCAGCAUAUUUCAGAGUGGCAUUCCUUUAUCAUUUUGUCCAAAAACAAAGUUUACUUGAAGUUUUAGUUCAUGAAGCUAAUCUAUCUGUCUAAAAUCCAGUAUAAACCAGUCCAGUGAUUAGACAGCUUUGUUCUUUUUAUUAAAUGCACAGUCAAGAAGACUGUUUUGGGUGGAGGUUUGGAGUUGGGGGGGGGGGCUGUUAUUUAACAUUGUACAGCCUUCCUGGGCUUGUCCUUAUUACCCAUGCUCAGACUUGAUUGGAUAUGCAUUAAUUGUCUUUAAUAUGAUUGGGACAUAUUACUGUGAUAACACUAGGAAUUGUGACAUCAGCCAGAUGCACGUGUAGCUAAAGUUUAGCUAAACCUUAACUGUUCUGAGUAGCAGUGGCUAAGCAGUGUUCAUGGGUUCCAUGUGGUGAGAAGCAUUUAACUUACACAUUUUGUAGAAGGUGCACUGGAGCAAAUAAUUUAUAAAUGUUUAAUACAGAUCAAUUUUUGAGUUUUUAAAUUAUGACAGUGUGCCAGACAUGACUUCUGCAACAAUGAAAUAGCUUUUGUUAUGUUUGAUAUGUCAUAAACAGUGCACUCUUCUGUUGACUUUCAAACCUUGUAUAAUGUUUUAAAACUGUGUUAAAUUAUUCAUAUUUAUUCUUUAGAAGAUCAUCCCAAAGAAAAUAAGAAAUAAAUCUGUAGAUGUCUGCACCAAA